GAAAGACCUGCCGGAAAGUCGAAGGAAGGCUGGGUCAAUGAAGGAAGCUCGUCUUUUGCUUAGCUGGGACAAGUGAUGGGAUUGCAAGGAAUUUAACAACCGAUUCUCUGCCCUAAUGAUUUCUUCCAACAACCACUGUGCCAAACUGCUCAGAAAGUUAACAGCCGGUUCUCCCGAAGUGGUGCGAACCGGAUGAAUCCCAUCCACUGGCUGGGAUGUGUAGAAUCGAGGUUUCCCCGUUGCAACUCUGUGUGAUGGCAGCUUGGAAGAUAAAAGGAAGCUUUAGCCCCAUUUCCUUGUGUGGGUGCUAAUGUAAACACACAAAACACGUACCUUUUUUUUCCCACCUUCCUUUUUUAAAGAAACUAUCCAGAGCAAUGAUUUCAGCCCACGGUUAUCGCCGCGUUCAAGGUGCCGAGAGAUGUUCUCCGCUCGAUCAGAAAUAAAAAAUAAGCUGCUUUUGAAGAGUCAGAAUAGAAAAUCUGGCAGGGGGAGACUCUUAAAAUAUAAUCUUAUUUUUUUCUUUUUUUUAAAUAUAGGUUUAUGGAGGAGUUUUUGGGGAAGACGCAGCACUGAGCUUUUGUUCCCAUCUGGCGUUUCUCUGCCCCAGAUAUUUGUGGGUUGUGUCAGUCCCCACAUCCAGAGGGAAGGUUUUUGACAAGGGACUUACAGGCCACCCCCUAUAAGGGGCCCAUUUUUUUUUAUAUACCGGAGUUUAUGAAGCUUUGAAAUUUGGAGUUUUCCAGCCAUAAAAAAACCAGCAAGCUGUUGUUUCAGGAAGUUCUCGAGAUGUUGAGCAGGACCUCUGCGCCGGAUCUGCCAUCCUCUUGGUUCCAAGUCUUUCUGGGGAUGGUCUUCUUGGUGGGAUCUGGACAGAGCUGCUCUUUCAGGUGCAAAUGUUUGGUUCAGGAGAAAGUUGUCUUCUGCAACAGCCGUAAUCUGACCAUUGUGCCCGUCAAGAUCCCCCCGGAUUCAGAAUUCUUGGACUUAAGCCAAAACAGCCUUCGUACCCUACAUCAGGGCAUGUUCUCCCGUCUCCAAGCCCUAAAAGAGCUGGAUCUCAGCUACAACAUCAUCUCCAACAUUGAACAGGGGGCCUUCAACGGCCUUCAGAAGAUCAUGACCCUCCGACUAGCGGGCAACAAGUUGAAGAUGGUCCCAGAUGGGGUCUUCACAGGGCUGCCCAACCUCUCCGUUCUUGACCUGAGGGACAACAAGAUCCUCGUCUUCUUGGAUCACACGUUCAAAGACCUCUUCACUCUUGGGAGCCUGGACAUAAGGGACAAUCCUCUGGUCUUGAUUUCAGGUCAGGCUUUCCAAGGCCUCCAACAUCUGAGGAGGUUCACUCUGCAAAAAUGCAACUUCACCAGCCUGCCAACCGAGGCCCUGUCCCACCUUCCCCAUCUGGUGGAGCUUCAUCUCCAUGUUCUCAACCUCAGAGUCCUCCACAACUAUUCCUUUCGGAAACUCCAUCAGUUGAAAAUUCUGGAGAUCAACCAGUGGCCUUUCUUGAAAAUUCUGGAGCCCCAAAGUCUUUCUGGCCUCAACCUCACUUCUUUGUACAUUGUCAGAUGCAACCUCCAUGAUGUUCCUUAUAGGGCCAUCAAGCACCUGGCCCAUCUCCGUCUCCUUGACCUCUCUUACAAUCCCAUCUCAAUGAUCCGUGGAAGGAAGUUGCUGGAUCUCUCCCGCCUCCGAGAGUUCCACCUUACGGGUGGCCGACUGGCCACGAUCCAAGCCAAUGCGUUUGAAGGCCUCGUCCAUUUCCGUCUCCUCAACGUCUCAGCCAACCAUCUGCAGACCCUUGAAGAAAGGGUCUUCCACUCGGUGGGGAACCUAGAAGUCCUUCGGCUGGACCAAAACCCCUUGGCCUGUGACUGUCGCCUCCUUUGGAUCUUGAAGAGACGACAGAGGUUGAACUUUGAGGCUCAGCUGCCCAUCUGCGCCACCAGCUCAGAAGAAGGAGGAGAGAAGGUCUUCCAUGACUUCUCCAGUGCUCUGGCACACCACUUCACCUGUCGGAAGUCUACGAUUGAGAAGAAGACCUUCCAGAAAGUGGUCGUUCACGAAGGGGAGGAGGCCAACUUGACUUGUAGCGGUGAUGGAGAUCCACCACCCAGUAUUUCUUGGGUGAACCCUCAAAACGUCACCUUAGACUCAACCGGCAAAGGCCGGUCAACCGUCCUUCCUGAUGGGACUCUUAAGAUUCUUUACGCCCUGCUUGAAGACAGUGGACUCUACCAUUGUGUUGCGAGCAACGCGGCCGGCAAUGAUUCUAUGAUAGCUUCUCUUCAGGUUCUUGUUCCUCUGUUCAACCAGUCCCUGGUCUGGAAGGACUUCGGUCUGCACAAUAAAACGAUGAUCUCCUCCAUCUUCUUCCUCCACGCCAGCAUCUGGCUGGGCAUCUUGACCAUCGGGAUUGUCCCUUUUCUCUGCUCCGUCCUCAUCUGCUUCACCUUCAUUUUCCUCUACAGCAGAGGCCGAGGGAAUGUCACUCACCAGGUGAUUCACGCCGAGACCCAUCUUUCCCGAGGUUACAAGGCCAUCGUGGGUCAACGAAGACCCUCUCCCAAAAAGCCACAAAGAACCUCACCCAAAAAGCCGAGAUGAACUCUUGAGGUGGCAGCUCUUCAAGUUCAUUCUUCUCCACCAAGAGGUUCAAGCAGAUAAAUCGAGGGGGGGGGCUGGCUGUUUGAGAAUUGCAAUCAUGUCUUUGGUUCACCCCAAUAUGCCAUCUUUCUGUCACCUGGAGUCACAGCUAGGAUAUAUAUAUAUAUAUUAAAAACUAGCAACGGAUUGAGUGACAUCUCCCUUGCCAUAUUUUUUUUUUAAAAAAAACUUAACUGCUCAUCAAACUUUUUUUUCCAAGGAAAUGACGAAUAGAGAAAUAAUUCUGUAAUUACAGGAAAAGAAGAUAUGAAUUCAGAUGUAACCAAAAUUCAGGGACUUUUGUCAACUCAGCCUGUUUAUUAAUAAAUACAUGCCAUUCUUUCUUGCACCUGAAA